ACGUCGUGUCUCCAUGACAGCCAUGCUAUUGUUGUCGUCGGUUAUGCUAACAUUAGCAUCGCAUAUGUCCGAGGAGUUUGAGCAUUUAGAAAGGCUGAAUGGAUAGUACUUGAUUGUAUGCGAUCAAUGUUUGAUGCGACGAUAUGCACCAUGAUUUAGAAGCGAUGCGGAGCCACCUUCACCUUUUUUAUAUAACCGUUUAUCCAGCGCUAGUUAGCUAAUUUACAAGCAUAGCCUCCCCCUUUACAGUGAUCCGCAGUCCUCCAGAUUCAGGUUUUUCUUGGUGGGGACCGAGAGAGGGGCACUGGAGGAGAUGUUGGCGCUCCCUCCCUGUUCGCAGAGAAUCCAGGGAGAGGAGGCAGGGAUGAGAGACGUGGGCUUGAGCCUUUGAAACGGAGAUAAAAGAGGAUGAUUUCACGCUACAACAGGAAACAAGUAUCGCACAAACUUGAGAUUCGUGGUUUGUCUCGAAGCAGCCUCGAUCACCACCCUCUCCCAGAGGAAGUAGACGAUACCCAAACCCCUCCGCGUUACCUCCAUGACCUACAGGAGGCUGUCUCUACACACAACAGUUCUCAGACAUCUGUCGCUUCAGACCAAUCGGACUGUGAGACGGUUAUCUCAGUAUCAUCCAGCCAGCCCUGGUCUGCUAUUCCCAGCUCCACAGGAACCGGUAUCUCCACAGAGAGGAGCUCUGUUUUCUCCUGGGGAUACGAUGAAUUCGAUAAGGCGGCAUCGCGGCAAGUGCAGCAAAUGUUUGAUGAGAUCGACACAGAGCUGUACGAAGGGAGAGGCAGCGGGGAGGGAAUACUCCAGGGGCUACAGGACGAAUGUCAGCAGUGGACCUCGCGGUUUCCACAUCUUCGGAUUGUGGGGACUCAGCUUAUGUGUCCCACAGAUGAGGGCUUCCAGUGGUACGCGACUCCAGGGAGUGCCAGCCCUGCCAGCAGUCCAUCAACAGGCAGAAAAACGGCUGUGAAGUGCCAAGGCAAAGAGAAGGGGGGUGCAGAGUUGAAUGUUCAAGGAAAGAAAGCUGCCCUGAUAAAAUCCUCAAUUUCGGAGUUUGAUGGCCCUCUUACCAACAGCUCCAGCAGCCAUGACCAGACGAGAGAGAUUGAAGUAGAUGGUGAGAUGGAGGAGUACCUGGCUUAUGAUAGCAGAGACCUGAAUGAGGAGAGCUAUGAGGAAAGUCUGGAGUCGGUGCAGAGGCAUCACCGUCUGCCCCCCGUCUCACCGUACCGCUGUCGGCGUCAGGCUGUUCUUGACUUGCUUUUCGAUGAUGUCUGGCAGGAGCUGGUCGGUUGGAUGAAAGAGUUGGUUCAACGUCACUGGGAGUGCUGCACCUCCAGUGAAGAGACGAUUUCUGGGAAACUGAGCCCUUUCCACCCAGAGAUUGAGAAUCCUUUUAUGCUGCCUCCCAUGCUUCCAAAACUCGGUCAAAGUCGGGUGCCGCCGCUCGCAGCUGGACCACAGCUCCAGAACACAAAGUCAAGCGGCUCAAAGAACAAUUCCAGGUGGAAAUCCAAAAAGCAGAAAAGGCCUUCCGCUGCUGGUAGAGCGCCUGUAGGGGUGGCAUCAGCGCAGCACAACCUGAACGACCUCAUCGUGAUUCACAGCAUUCCCCUGCAGCAGAGAAACUUGGCUGUGCUGGAGAGAAGCCAGGAGCCGAACGAGCGUGCAUCUCACAGGCCCGUCUCUAGCGCUGUCCCUUCCAGUAAACCUCGUCCUCGUAGGGCCCUGGUGCAGAGCUCCUCCUCGCUGUCUCGUCCACUGCAAUCAGCUCACUGCCGAAACCCUCCUCCCCGAAACCUACUGCCCCUUGUUCCUAACUCAAGUCACUCUGGCACAGGGGGACACCUGGAUGAGGUUAUCCGCGGGACACGUCUAACCACAGUCAGUGACCGACUGACAUCUCCACUGCUGCCCUUGAGCCGCAACACCCCCCUUCCCCCCAUUGGAACCGGAGAUUCUGAGUCGUCUCAUGGAGGAGUGCAGUCAAAGCUCACACAGCGUCAUAAAGGCCCUCCUAGUCGUGCCAACAGUGCUUUUCACGAUGAAGCUCGCAGCUCCAUACCGAGAGAUCGUCACCACAUACAGGACGUCCUCUCUCGACCCAGCACAACUCGCACAUACAGGUCCGACACUCCUUACCGUAGUUCCUUCACUGUGCUGGACAACAUCGGGCAGGGCCGGCCGGGCAGAGCCUCUGUAGCCACAGACUCUCUGGGAAUUGGUGUGACUGGUAUCAGUCUUGGAAUCAGCAGCUCAUCUUUUUUGGAUUCCUUUCCUCACCACCCGCUGGGGCAGUCGCCCAUAAAAGACGAAGAAGAGCCCGAGUCUCAGGCCCCUGUCACAUCAGCUGCUUCUGUUCCUUUGUCUAUUCCACCCCGCUCCUAUACCAGAGGCGGCCUCUCAUCCAGAUCCAGCAGGCCUGGCUUAUAGUUUGCCACUGAUCUCCACAACCUACCCGUUAUCAAUCUUUGCCUGCAUUGUUUUGAAGUUUUUUUUUAUUAAUAUAUAUAUAUGACUGAAUUAUAUUUGAAGGCCUAUUUUUGUACUUCAGAAAUCACCUUAUGGGCCUGCCAAACAGAAAAACUAUCACUUUUUGUUUAGUAUGGGUUGUAUAUGUGGCUAUGCAUGAGAAAAAUGAGUAUUUCUUUAUGUGAAAAUGCGGUAUAACAUGCCCAACUGUGUUGCUGUUAAGGGUGAAUGACUAUGCAGAAUAAAAAGUUAUAGGAUGAAAAAAAAAAAGCACCUUUUCCGCCCUCUCUGAUGUCAGGGAGCUUUGUACUGUAUUACCUUCGAAACAAAAACAGAAAACCUGUUGGGUGCAAAAUCCAUAACCUGACAACAGCCAGAUGCAUGUCUAGCGCUAGACAUGCAUCUGGCUGUUGUCAGGUUACAAAAUCCAACCAUCUGUUGUAAAAACAGGGAGGAUCUUUACCAACUAGGUGCUUCUGCUGAAAUCAUCCUACAAUGUAGGAAUCAUACAGAAUAUGUGUAAAUAAGAAAUUAUUCAUGUCUGUACAAAAUGGUGUAUUUAAUGUCAUCUUUUGCUCUUUAUUUGAGCAAAGCCAACUGGUCGUACUCUGACAAGUCACAUCAGGGUUAGUGCAUAAAUAGUAGUUUCUUUACUUAUUUCUUACAAGGGAUAAUAAGAAAUAACAUACAAUUGCCUGUGUUUUACAAACUUAAAUACAAAUGAUUUAAACAAUUGCAUUUAUUUAUAGAAACUUUACAGCACGUUACAAGAAUUAACAACACUUACAUAUUUGUGUUACAUUGGGAACUAGGAGGCAGAAACAGUUUUAGUUAUCCUGAAUACAUUUAUGAUUUUAUAUGAACUACAAAAAAAAAAAAAAAUACUUAAUUUAUUUAGCUUUUUCUAACAUUUACUUUUUGGCUUUUUUUCCUUUUUGUGGUUUGGUGCUUUGUUUGGAGUACUUUGCUUCCAGAUCUGAGAGGAAACUGUUAAAAUUCUUCUCUCUGGACUGCUGCUUUUGCUGCAAAAGAAGGAAGAGAUAAAAGUAAGACGUAAUUAGGAGAAAGCGUUGCGUUAGUCCCUAUGUGUAAGGAGGUAAUACCUUUAGCAUCAUGACAAGACUCUCAUCCUCAUCAUUAAGGCCCAUCUCUUUCUUCAUUUCCUCUGCUUCUUGUUGCUCCUGGUCAGCCUGAAAGAUCAGUUCCAAGCACACUGUUAGUAAAGAUACACAGGUUUACCUGUUUAUGUGCAGUCGUUGCAUGAUACCAGAAAGAGGUAUGUAUUAGAACUUUUUUUUCUAUUGUUUACCAGAAAACUUUGGCCAUAAAAAAAAAAAUCACAAUGGAAAAA